AUGUUUAACCGUAGGGACCCGGCGCCGUCGCCCCUCAUAACGGGCGCGCAGCUGUAUGAUGUGCUACGAAGCAGCACCGAAGGCGAAGAAGAGGACCUCUCCUUCGUCAAGUCCUACCUCCUCUUGUCCUCUUCGCUCCAGCCGGGCUUCGCGCCCUCGUCGCUCUUCUCGUCGGACAACAUGCGCAACUCGACGCGUCUCGACGGCAUGCGCAACUCCAGCGUGGGGCUGUCGCUCUCCUCCUCCGGCGCGUCGGCUCCGCCGCUCCGCGUGUCGCAACUGGUCAACCAUGACCAAGUGGGGGGAGACGCCGACCUGCGCGUGUCGGCGGUGACCAGGCAGGUGAACUCGCUCCAGCAGGUCCUAGACGAGGGGCAGGCGGGCGGCUUCAGCUCGGCGCAGUCCAACGUCAUCAGCAUCCACCUCGGCAACAUAUUCGAGAUGCAAUCCAAGCUCACCGUUCUCAUCAACCAGUACAUCGACGACCCCGAGCGCCUGGCAACGUUCCUGCUGCUGCACGAGAGCAUCAGCGAUGCCAUCCAGUCCUACGAGGCCACCAUCGCCGCCCAGUUCGGGGACGACGACGAGCCACCCCCGCGCGAGGACGAGGUCGAGCGCGAGCACGCCCAGUGGGCGAGGCAGUUCUCCGAUACAGACGAAGAACAGUCGACUGAAAAGGAAGAGGAGGAGGAGGAGGAGGAGGAAGAUGACAUGAACGACGAGGACGAGGACCACGAGGGUUCGGAGGAGAAAGAGUGCGUCAUCUGCAUGGACGACUUCUGGUGGCCGGGCAAGCGCGGCUACGAGCUCAAGUGCGGCUGCCUCUACUGCAAGCCCUGCCUGCGCAGCAACUACGACGUGCUGAUCAACGACGGCCAGGUCCUCAAGCUGACCUGCCCCAACCCCACCUGCGCCGCCCCCGUGGACGAAGAUGACCUGAAGAACAUCCUGACCAACAAGCAGUUCUUGCGGUACCAGCAGUUCUUCCUGCUGGCCUCGCUCCGCAACGAUCCCACCGUGCGCUGGUGCCCCCGGGUGGGCUGCGAGACCGCGGAGCACGGUUCCGAGGAGGACUGCCACAUGACGUGUUCCAAAUGCUCGACCGAGUUCUGUUGGAAGUGCAACCUGGAGUGGCACCCGGGCAUCACCUGCGACCAAGCCAAGGUUCAAGCCCAAAAGGGCAAACAGAAAGUCACCCGACAGGAAAAGAGGGCGGAGAAAUACAUCAAGAAGCACUCGCGGCCAUGCCCGCAAUGCCUGACACCCAUCCAGAAGAACGAAGGGUGCGCCGGCCUCCAAUUCAAGCCAGCGUCUCGCCUCCUUCGGGGCAUCAAGAAGACCGGCCAGAUCGGGGCCUACGCCGGCAUCGCGGUCGGCGUCACUGCCGGCGUGGUGGUGGUCACGCCCAUCGCUCUUGCCGUGGGCAUCCCGACCUUGGCCAUCGGACUUCCCAUCUACGGCGCCUACAAGAUCGUGUCCUAG